AAUGUCAGAAUCCUAAUCAAAACAUUCUAGUAAAAAUGUAUAUUAUUUGUAUCUUGCGGUUCUUUGAACUGGAUUGAAAGCAUAUGUGCACAUAUGUACGUCAUCAUUCUGUCUCGAUUUGUUUGUAGUUUAGAUUAAUCUGCAGCAUAUAAAUCUCAGCAUGUACUUUCCCUGGUAUGUACUUCCCACCACUCGCGCCAAGAUGACGCUUUGCUUGCGUUGGGUAAUUCCAGUCUUGUAGCACGCAUUGUAGAUGAUCGCAGUGAGUGACCGAACGCCGGGAUAUAAAGAGACGCAGACUGCAAUUAUUAACAUUUUGCACAGUAUACUUCACCAUGCGGAUUAUUCAAUGGAUAUUCAGAUUAUUAAUAGUUUAUGUGUGCAUUGAUUCUGGAUAUGCACAAACUUAUGGUUGUGGAUUAGAGAGAUUUCGAUGUUCCAAUGGAGAGUGUAUAGCUGGCGAAUUAUUAUGUGAUGGCACACCAAACUGUAGGGAUUCGUCUGAUGAGACAGAAGUCGAGUGUACAAAGCCAGAGAUUCUAUGUCCUAGGUAUGCUUUUCGUUGCAAUUACGGUGCCUGUGUAAAUGGAGAUUCCGUAUGUAAUGGUGUCCAAGAUUGCAUUGACAACAGCGACGAAACGCAGUGCACAAAAAAUACAACAAACAAUCAAACAAGACCUACAAGUAGACCUACAAGUAGACCUACAAGUAGACCUACAAGUAGGCCUACAAAUAGACCUAUAAAUAGAUGUACUACAAAUCAAGUUCCAUGCGAUAACGGCGAGUGUAUUCAUAAAGACAAUAUGUGUAAUGGAGUUCGAGAUUGUGCAGAUGGUUCCGACGAAACGUCUGAAAAAUGCAGAUUAGUAUACUGUCCUCCGACAGCUUUCCGUUGUACUUAUGGAGCCUGUAUUAAUGGUGAUUUACGAUGUAAUGGAGUAGUUGAAUGCGUCGAUGGAUCAGACGAAGAUUCAAGAUGUAGUGAAACUGAAUGGCCGUCACCUUUACCGACGCUACGACCAACAACGGAAACAACACGAUGGCCGACUCCAACACCAACACCAACACGUGGCACAAAUACUUGCAGAGCACCUCCACAACCGCAGAACGGUCGUUGGAAAUUACAUCGAUCGCAAUGUUCAGGUGGACAGGAUUGUAACGUUCCAGAGGGAACAGUACUGGGAUUAGGAUCUUAUCUCAUCUAUUCUUGCGAUACGGGAUAUAAGUUAAGAGGUCCGUCUGAUGUGAGCUGCAGCUUCGAAGGAAAAUGGCUUAAUAUACCAGUUUGCACAGAAAUACGCUGUAAAGCUUUGACUACAGCAUCAAUCGAAGCUAGAUGUACAUACAAUGCUGAAUGGAUAUCUUGUGGAUCUCCAGUUCCACCAAGAACAACAGCGAUAUUGGAAUGUCAAAAUAGUUAUCAACCUGAAAGUAAUCUACUAUCCGGACAAAGAAAGAAUGUGAAAUGUAAUGUAAAUGGUCAUUGGGAACCAGAACCUAUGCGAUGCAUUCCAGGUCCGCUCAUGAUAAAUAUUUACAUUAAUAACACUAAACUUACAUUUCACACCACUUUUGAUAGAAACGCUACGUUUAUUGAAGUUUUGGAUGACAGAGUCGUUAUAUAUACGAGUGCCAACAAUUCAAAUUAUCCAAAUAUAGAUAUUAGAGUAUCAAAAUCAAAUAAUAAUAUAGCAACAGAUGAACCAUGGGCAUGUUAUUACGCCGUGAUGAAAUACGCCGUUUCUCCAAUCGAAAUCUUUAUUGUAGUAUGCGGUACUCUUCCUCCCAACAUUAAACCGACCGUUGUAGGCGGUAGACAGCCGAAUAUCACAGAAUUUCCGUGGCAUGCUACGAUGUAUCGCGAUGCACCAGGCGGGUCGAAGAAAUUUUUCUGUGGAGCGUCUAUUAUUCAAGAGAAUCUCUUGAUAACGGCUGCUCAUUGUGUAUAUGAUGAGAGGAAUACGCAACUGAUCAAUGCCAGAUCAAUUUAUAUAUUAACGGGAAAUAUCUUUCGUGAUUACGAUUAUGAUUUUCAUGAUCCAAUCCUCGUUAAAAAGAAUCAGGUGGAACGUAUUUACAUCGUACGUAAUUAUCUAGGACUUACAGGAAAUUACGACUCGGAUAUCGCAAUAUUAGAACUCGUUAGUCCAUUUGUAUUAUCAACUUGGUUGGUUCCUGUAUGCAUAGAUAUUUUAAGCAGUACAAGUGUAUUGGAAGCAGGUUCUCUUGGAAAGGUAGCAGGAUUUGGUAGAACCGCAUUCGGUGAAUCUAGCGCAGUUUUACAAGCUCUAACAGUACCUGUAAUUCCACCCAGUCAAUGCAGAUCCGCUAGCCAAAAUGCUAAUACAGAACGAUUUAUCACCAAUGAUAAGUUUUGCGCAGGUUAUACAAAUGGUUCUUCUAUCUGCGAUGGUGACAGUGGCGGCGGAUUAGUCUUUAAAACUAAUAGUUUGUGGUAUCUUCGAGGCAUUGUUAGUGUUUCCCUCGGCACGAUACAAAAGGAUGGAAAUUGGUUUUGCGACAAUAACUUGUAUUCCUUAUAUACAGAAAUAUCUAGGCAUAUUUCAUGGAUACAAGAUGUAAUUACAAAAAUAGAACAAAAUCAGACGGAUAUAUUAUGCUCAAAUGAAUCUCAUACAAGAUGUUCCUAA